CAAUGUGAAAACAAAACAACCGUUUUUUAAAUGUUAAAUCAAAGCGGCAACGCCAAACAGUAGGAACACGCAGUUGCACUAACACUCGUAUUAGCAAUAGGCCUCCCAAAUAAUCAGUGUGAGCCUUCUUAUAUUUUUUGUAAUUUUCGAACUGCAAACGGCAGGCUCAGAUGAAAUAGAUAUGGAGUGGCACGAAGUGGAGCUGGACGGCAGCCGCACAGUUGCGUUUCCAGAGCGCGCCAUACCUGGAAUUGGGCAGAAGCCAGAAGAUGGGGAUACCGACAAGUUUUUGGGCGGCAUCAUUCGUAGCGGUCAGUGGGGCUGGGUAACACGCCGGUAUUCAAGUGAUGCCAAUCUAAUCGUCUGUAACAUGUCCACCGGUGAUUGCGUCUCGUGGUAUUCUUUCUGGAAUGAAGGGCAAGGCCACGGGCAACGCAGCAGCAUCCGCUGUGUGGAGGAACUUUUCACCGGUCAACCGGAUCGAACUCCCCUGCUGGCUAUUUGCCUGGAGUCGUGGGACAACGGGGAGCGCUUUCCCAUUAACUGUCCAAAGGCCAGGACGCAAGUUCUCAUAUAUUCAAUCGCAAAAAGUCGGGUGCUACGCCAUUUCGAACUGCAAAGACUUUACUGCAGCACGCUGAAGUUUCUAGAUCAGAGCGUCUGUGGCGGAACGCAGCUGUGUCACUUCGACGGCUGCCUGGCCGUGGCCUCCGAGGAAGGCGUCGUUUUGCUUGUCGAUCUCAACUAUAGUAGUCUACUGGAGACGGCCGAAAACUCCAAUCUCAGAAAUCCGAAUUCCGAGGGGGAGCCGGGGUAUGGACAACUCCAUUGCCUGCCCUGCGAUGGCGUAUCCCAGCUGGAAGUUUGUCGCUCGCAAGGUGCCCAUUUGGCUGUUAGAUUGGAUGUGUCAUCCAGCGGUAUUCGGACCUUGAUGGGCAUAAGUUUGAUAUUCGGCUUUGCUGCUGGCCUUGAGGAUGGCACAGUCUUAAUAUACGACUUAGAGCACUUCCAGGUGACCACCACACUGAAACCUGCGGGAAAUAAAGGAAAGGUUAAAGGGGCCGUGACAAAAAUGUGUGUCAUCAUGCCGCCGGAUGACCCUAAGCCUUGCUUUUACAUAUGUGCAUUGUACGAAGGCACCGACGGCCUCAACAUGUUACUGCACUCCGUCAACUACAGGCGCUCUUACAUGGAUCAGGAAAGUUACGAGUUUCACGUCGAGCACUUCCAAUCUAGUUCUGUGCGCAACCAACAAGUUUUUGACGGAGGUAUCUGCUCCGUGCUGGCCUGCUUUACGGCGUCAACUUUUAGCUUUGCUGGCGACAGCGGGACACUGUUAAUUGGUAUCUCUUGGCACUCUAUUUCCGAACGUAAAAACAAGUUCGUCUUGUUUGACAUUAAUCAGUGGUACAAAGAUGAAAUGCCGGCGUAUGUCCGGCGAGGUGAAAUUCCUCAUUACAUCGUCGGCUAUGUUCUGAGUGGUCUACCUAUGGGUUUGGAUUUGCAUCUGAAACCCAGCACCAUAAUGCACUACGUUUCUCUGCAGCGUUACGAUGAGCAUUUUUACCCCAAUUCACUGACUUUUGAUUGCAAGCUGCUCACCUCAACUGGCAGCCGGUACUACGCUCAAGACGGAGUGCAACAUCGUUUUCUGAAUGCCCUGCGGUGGGAGCGCGCAACACUCUUUCUGCGUCCGCAACCUUACCAUGAACAUAUUGUUAAACUGCGACUCCUGCCACAGUUUUGCGAACUAAAUGCCACGUUCUCUAAGACCGCCAUGUACGAAGUGAUACUCUCGGUAGCCUUGGAACACAAUUGUGGGGCGCUGCUGAAUGACUGCGCCCGGAGCUGGCUGGAUGGAAGCUUUUUGUGCAACAUGCUUGACCCAACAGAGCUCUCACCGUUGACGUUGACCAAUUGGAUCGUGAAGCGUGCCGGGCAAAUUAAAACUCGUUGUGAUGAGCUUUGUCAGGGAAUCUUUGACUACGGGGGCUACUCACUGGACGAGAGGGAAAGGCGCGAGUUCCAGGUACUCUCCGACCAGUUGCGCGAACUAUUGCGCCUCCAAUCCUAUAUUCUUGAGCUGGGACAGCGCAGGCUAAUGCCAAACACUUUGGACGAUUGCAAAAAUAACGAGCGGGCACUCAAGACGGUUGUCGAGUAUCAAAGAGUGCUUUACUGGUUUAUCGAGCAAGGUCUCCUGCCCGAGGGUCAACAAGAGGAUCAUAGGGAGCAGCGGGAGGAGCCGCUGGUUCGACUACGUCACGUAUACUCUCAGAGAAGGGCGCAGCGAAAAAGACUUUAUAUCGACUCCCUGAAAAAGUUGACAUCCCUUUCUGAACGCUAUCCGCCAGACUCGUUGCACGCGCUUCUGCAUGUGAUGCUCGAUCUUGACACAGAGCUUUCCAAUAAGCAUGCUCUCGUCCUGUACCUGCUGAUGGACCUGGAUCCAAAACUGGGCAAGACCUUCCAGACUUCCUUUCAGCUGGAGAAUGAUUUGGUGAAGUCGGUUCGAUCCUUUUGGUGCUUGGACCGCGGAGAUAACGAGCAAUGCGUUAAGGAGCUCUACGAUGGUCCCACUCCCGCCAGCAACUAUAAAGUGUGGCAGAUGCGUCUAUUACUGGAUACUUUAGUGCAGAACGGCGCUGUCGUGGAAGCCAUGCAGGUAGCAAACCAACCGCCUGGGCCGCUUUCUGCAGAGCUGCACUUGAAAGUGCUCUUGGCCAACGAAUGCAUGCCGGAGGCAUUUAUGAUCGCCCGUAACAACGAUGACGACGAGGGAAAGUCGCUUCUGGAGCCCUUUUUCCGUCACUGCAUCAGUCGCAGGCGAUUUAAAAUCCUGGCCGAGCUCUUGCUGCGUGGACCUGAGGAACGGCUUUUGUACCGUCUACUGCGCGAAUGCGGCUCACGUCAGACGGAUUGCGUGCAGCUGAUUCUGCUCCUUCAAAAAAAUAAGCUAGUCGAGGCCGUUUCUUUUAUGGAUGACGCGGCCGCUGAGCGCGAGCGAGAAAACGAGGCUUCAAAUAAUAUUAUUGCUGCCUACCGCUCUACUUUGGCGCCGGUUGCGCAAAAAAUUACAAAAAAUCUUCGCAUACCCGAAGCCCAGGAUGAUGGGAAAAGUGGCGGUCCUUUGCCGUUCAGCUGUCAGAUGGUUAAACAGAACGCCAGCGGCCAGAUAGCAAGCAUUUUCCAGAGCUCAGCCAUCAUUCCCCCCUGGGCAACGUAUAUAGAGGAGUCUCCAACCUUGCCCGCCGUAUCAUCGCCGGGCAACAUAAGUUGCACCAACCUAGGGUAUGAUAAGUACGGAUUUUUGGAGUUUUCUCACCGGCGGCGCCCGGUAAAACCAGUUCCUCACCAGGUGGUGGAAAAGAGAAUGCGAGAAGAAGAGCAGCAAAAGGAAGAGCGUGAACGAAGUCAGCAGUAUGUACUGCAGCCCCGUAAACGCCGCCGUCUGUUGGCUGAGCAGUUGGUUGAUGAUGUAAAAGGCCAUAUUAGAUCCAUUCUAGACCACCAAUCGGAACAAUUAAAGCUAGAGCAAUCGGAACGGAAUAAGGCCAGCGAUCUGUUGCAGCCGAUAAAAUUCUUUCAGCCUCGCCAGGCUGCAACACGUCAAAGCAGUAGUUCACCCCAGUCGAUUCAUACGAUCCUGAAACGGAACUCUGCUAUGGAAAAUGUGUCAGGCACUCCUCCGGUGGCAACAUCUACUACGUUAACGGGAUCCAAAAGGUUCCGCUUUAUGCCGCCGAUUCCCUUGGAAUCGAAGGAGGUGGACAGCGAGGACGCAGUCGAGGAGGAUGAUAGCGAGGAGGAGGAGGAAACCGAUGAGAUUAUCGUAGAAAUCGAGUCAAGAAGCGAGGCAAGGAAUGCCUCUAGCACCGAGUCCGACGAGGAUGAGGAGUUCCUUUCCCCGUUGGCCUCGGCCAAUGUUUCGUUGGUAGACCAAUUGCCACGUGAAUCUCCUCGGCCUUUGGCCCCACCAGCUGGCCCACAGCCACGUAGCUCCUUGCUUUUUGGAAGAACCGGAAUAAGUAGUGGGAUUGGAACUGCAACUAGUAGCGGGAGCAGCAGUGGAUUUGUCAGCUUUGUUACCGUGGAACCUACGCAGACGACCUCACAUUCGCAGUUUGUGCCUACCGUUUGCUCCUCCAAGAUGGGCGAAACACAGUCGCAAGUCUUCUCUAGCGCUAGUUCUGUGGUUAAGAUCUCCGAGCGUACCACUAUCUGUGGCGAAAUGGAAUCAACCGAUCUUGGUUCGGAGCUAACAGCCGCACCAAGCUCCCAGUGGUCUUUGCCUACAGCGCGGCCACCUGUACAGGGACAUCAGAUGAUGGACACCACUCUGGGCAUGUCCACCUACGAAUUGGCAUCUCCCGAGCAGCAAGACACCCAGAAUCAGGAUGAAGAAGAGUUAAAGCUGGGAGAUACGCAAUCGCUUGAAGAGCAGCGGAAUCAACAGGAUGGACAGGAAACGAGCGACCAACUGACAUUUCUCGGCAGCUCGGAAGCACCCGCCCAGGAGCCACUCUUAUCGCCCGCCUAUAGCCUUAGCAGUGAAGAGUCGGACUUGUCCUCGGCCGAUAUUCGAAAUCCUUUAUUGCCGACCCUACAGAACGAUGAUCCUAUGUACUCUAUUGUUGUAGAGUCGACUGGGUCCAUCACGACGUCUAGAUCAGUAACGCAGACGCCUACCUCCUUCUUACCUAGCGAUACGAACGUCUCCCAAACCUCAAGUCCGCGGGCACCGCAUGGUGGUGACGGAGAUGGCUCUCCGCUCUCCUUGUACCGCGCCAAUAGCCUGGAAACGGUUGAUGAUCUAGACACCACAAAGGGGUCUGUAGAGGAAGAGGAGGAAUACGACGAAGAUGACUGUGUUAUUGCCCUGGACGGAACAGAGGUGCGUGGUUAUGUUGCCCCUUCCCAGCAAACGGCGGCCUGCAGCAGUGCGGAGCUGUUCGCCUUUAAGGACGACUGCCAAGAGGAGGUAGCUAGUGGCCCUUGUCCUUCUCUUUCACUAGGCGCCACGGUAAAUAGCGACUCGGAGGUGGCUGGAACCAUUGCAAUGGAUAGCGAUGAAGAGUCACCAAAGGCAAAGGAUGAUCAGUCAAAGCUGCAGAAAGAGGACGAGUGGCCUAUGGAAGAGAACGCCGGCAGCAAUGAUUCUGUGGCUACGGUGUCCUUUAGUGAGUACAAGCAGUCGCUUGCUGUUAAUAAUAUGGAACACGUGGUCAAGGAAGAGUUAGACCAAGGGAUGGACCAAGAGGUGGAAAAAGAUAUGGACCAAGAGGUGGACCAAAAGGUAGACAAAACAGUGGACCAAGACGUGGACCAAGAGGUGGACCAAAAGGUAGACAAAACAGUGGACCAAGAGGUGGACCAAGAUGUGAAGCACAAGGCUCAGCAAGUGAUGGAGCCAGAGGUAGACCAAGAUGUAGAGAAAGAGGUGAACGAAGAGAUAGAGCUAGUGGUGGAAGAAGAGGUGGACCAAGAGCUGGAAUUGUUACAAACAGGGCAUGAAGUACACUAUCUGGAUAAAAUUUCCGAGGAGGAUGAAGAGGAAGCUGAAGAGCAGAAUGAUAAGAGAAAACAAGAGGCCGGCGAGGAGGCAAAGGAAGAGGUCAAGGCGGAGAAAAAAGAAGAGGCGGAGGCGAAAAUCGAUCCAGAGCCGCUUUUGGUUCAAGAAGAGGAUUCUAGGGACAGCCUAAUGCUUGUAUUAUCCGAAGAUGAAGAGCCUGUUGUAUUAGCGACUUCUUCCCAGCGCCGGCGUCGCAGCACAUCGGUGCUCUCUGUUACUCCGCGUAACCUGCGACCACGUCGUACUUCCACAGAACACAAGGACAGUCCGGUUCCGGCUACUGGCCUCAAGAUGCGUUUACGUAAUAAUGACGCUAUAACCUCGUCACAUGUAGCUACUCCACCAGUCCCAACGCCGAAACGCCGCUCGUUGGCGAAUAAGCAUGUGUUAGAAGUUAUCAACGAACAGAGUUCAUUGGAUGUAUCGCUACCGCGAACACGCUCACGCACGCGUCUUAGCAUGGAAUCAACGGAGGCAACGAAUUCCAGAUCCUCCACACCGACAAAUACGACCCGAAGCAAGCGGGCUACUUCGCUGGCGCCCGCGACAGAUAAUCCCGCUGUUCGCCGAUCAUUACGCAGCAACAGCGAGCCUCGCGGUGUGGCGGCUGUACAGCCCGUAACUCGCCAACGGAAGGCUGCAGGUGCUAGAUCCCGCAAAACUAGCAAUUCCGAGGGAUCUAACUCAGCGUCUACGGCUCAGGCAGAGGUUACCGAUUUAGAAGCCAACCAUUCUGGUAGCAGAUCCAGGACCAACUCAGCCAGUAGCACUGGUAGCGCCACAAAGACCCGGGAAUUGCGGCUGCGCGCACCUCGUCGUUCCAAGCCCGACGUUUAGAUCCCACGAUACUAUAGUUAAAGAGAGCGUCCAUCAGGCCGAAAACAAUGAAGGGUACGUGGGAUGCAUUCAAAUCCACUAAACAGAACUAUAAUUACAUCUUACAGAUAGAAGUGAUACGACGUAACCAAGAAGAGAUGGCCUAGAAAGGAUUUCAAAACAACUAACUGAAUACAAAUCUUUUUACUUUUUUACGUUAAAUACCAAUACCAAUCAGUUUCAAAUAUGUACAUCAGUUGGAGUUAAAAUAAAAAAUUGCAAAAUGUUGAAUACUUUUAAA